AUGGCUGCGGCGGACAAGAAUGUAGUUGCUUUGUUAAAUGGCAUUGCACGAAGAGAUUAUUUCGGAGAAUCAGAGAUUACGAACGAAUUUCUUCAUCAGGAACUUUUUGCGGAUCUCGAAGAGGAACAGUUUCAAUCAAUGUUGAAGAAAUACGAGACUUUGAUGCGAAAUAUCGUUUCCGCAGACAUGGAUUUUAAUCAGCUCGAAGCUUUUCUUACUUCCCAAAUGAAGCGCAAACAAGGUGCUCUAACUCAGGGACAAGCUGCAGCAUUCUUAAAGUUCUGGAAAUCACAAAAGACAAAGAUACAUGACGUGCUAGUGCAGAAAUCUUCCUGGAAUAACAAAUUGAAAGACAUCAACUGGAGGAUUGAUUUGAAAAGCCAAGCAAGACAUCUUCAACAGAUUAACACUCCUGUAGCAAUUGUAGAAAUGCAAGUGGAAAAAAGGACCUCAGAGAAUAAGGUAAGAUGUCCUUGCUGAUUCUAUUGGAGAGAGGUGGGGGCAACACCCGGAAGGGGGAAGGGGGACUACUCCCUUUAGUUUAAUGUGGGGGUGUGCCGUAGACUUUCAAAAAAGUCCUUCAUCUGACUUAAUAUGGUGGGGGAUGAAGGGCUUUUCAUAAUAGAUUGGUGCCAGUGUUAGCAACCCAAAAAUGGGUUGGUGUGCUUAUAUCAAUCAAAGUAGUUCUUAAGGACCCUUGGGGAUAAAGUUGUCACUCAGAGGUAAUUAAGCGCAUUAAAGCAAGACUUGUCCAUUGCAAAAGUGAUAAAAUCCACAGUAUAUUCAGAGGAAAACAAUCAAAGCGUAUCUGUCAGGGAGAGAUGUUUUUGUGCCAGCUCCAACCGGAGCUGGUAAAAGUGUGCCUUAUGAGCAGGCUCCAUGUACUUUCGACCUUUUUUUGGUGAGCAUUACAAUGCCAUCAUAUUGGUGAUUGUUCCGCUUAUUUCUCUUAUGAUAGAUCAGUUCUCAAAUCUCAAUUCCUGUGACCUUAGAGCAUCAUGCCCAGGAGAUGAUUGCUCAGAAAAACAGCUAUAGGAUUUUUAAAUCUAAAAGAGAAACUAGUGUACUCUCUUCCUUAUGGAAAUCCUGGAUGCAUCUUUGCAUAAGGGUGCCGCGGUCAAACUGUCGGUCUAAGGGAGAUCAUCAUGCAAUGCAUCCAGGGCUCUUUUGUUGCUGUGAUUCUCUCGCUCGCCAGUAUCAUGAUCUGAAACACACGCUUUAGUUUACCCCUCCUUUCUCCUCUGCAAUAGCCUCCCCUGACUAUUCAAAGCUUUCCCUCACUUCAUGAAGCUUCCAAACAAGGGUUUCGUUCUUAUUAGCACAAAAUAUUUGUCAAAAAACCUUCAAAACAUUGACUCGAGAUUAAAACAAGUGUUGGUUUUUUUCUUCCCACCUGAGUUCGUUAACUUACACCUGAAAUCUUUGUUUGUGGACAAACUCUAGCACAAAGUAAAUAAAAUAUUUGCCCUUUUUGACACACGUUCGAUUAUAUAUAUCAGAGGUGGAAAGGACUCGCAAAUGUAACCUGAAACUCCAAAUACGAGUCAUGCCAGUUCCCAGUUUUGGCACAAAACACAAAUAGAAAACCUUCAAGCAAGACAAGUCAACCUCUCAUGACUUUGCCACUUGCUUGGCUGCUUUGCAGCCUAGAAUGCUGGCUCCACUCACUAAGAAACUCUUGAGGUUGACUUUUAGCAAGUCUAGGUUUGGUGCCGACUCUGGACAAUGGACCAGAAAUGAUUUGCCACUCUGUUCCAGACCAAAAUUUUAAAAAUAGGAAUCCUGCUCCAGACAAAAAGCCAAAAAAUAUGGACACCUUGUUAUUGUCAUGCGUUUGAUUAUUCUUUAACUAUGUCAAGUACCUAUUUAAAGCUUGAUUGAGAAUACUCAGUGAUUACGGGAAAUAAUCAACCCUGUUUCAGUCAAACUGAAGUAAAAAUAUGUACCAUUUUCCAGAAAUAAAGCAUGAUUUUUAUACCCUGUUUCGGAGUCAGAGGUAAAAAGUGUACCCUGUUGAGUGGUCAGAAAGUUGGAUUGCAAUAAUUAGUGCCGUUUUUCAAUGCUGCCUCUCCUAUACACAGGAAUACGACUACCAAAGUUCAGAGAAAAGGGGAGUGGGGGUUAAAGCCAAAAUUAUUAUUAUUUUCACUGAAUGAGGCUCUUAGGUGUUCCAAAACAUGUUGGCAUAAAAUAAGGAAACAGAGGGAAUUCCUCUAGCCACUUUUAUGUAAUAUCCACCACCGUCAACUCCAGGUAAAAAAGAGAGACACAUUCCCUCCUUCAGAAAAGGUCUCUUUUUGCUUUCAUGCAGGACUAUAAUAGGUUUUUGGGUCCUCAAGGGGGGGGUUUUCGCAAUUUAGUUUGCAGGACUAUAAUAGGUUUGUGCUUCUGUCAAGGAUAUGGUUUUUAAGCAAAACAAUCAGUUUGGGGAUUGCAUUCAUUUGGAUAAAACUCACAUCUAUCUAGAUGGUUGCAACAAUAGUGAAAAAUUGCAAGUGGCCAUACAAAGAGUGCUCUCAGAUGAUCAGCGUGAUCAAAUUCUAUCCCAGCAUUCAUUAUUUUUCUUCUGUUGAAUGCUUUUGUUGUAGUUAUUUUUUUUAUCUCAGGUAAAUUUUGUUUUUCUUUUGUUUGGGGGUACGGUAAUGUAUGCUAAUGAAAUUGAAACAAAAGAAAAAUAAAUAUUACCGAGAUAAAAUAUUAACUACAACAUACUCAAGUAAAGAAAUAAUAUUAGACUCAAGAAUUUUUGGAGAUGACCACAAACUCAGACAAUUGAGGUGAUUAUAAAUUAUGGAAACCAAUGAGUCACUCUAAUUAUCUGAACUUUUUUAAAACUGCAUUGUAGGCUGUUCAGAACAAUAACAGGGGAACCAGGUCCUCAUGUUUAUUUCUUUUCUUUCAGGAAACUGAUGUUUUCCAGUUUGAAAUGGAUGAAUCUCAGCUGACUAAUGUGCUCUCAAGUAUUGAUGAAAUUGAGAAGAAACUAGCAAGUUAUGCUCAGUGA